AGUUCAGAGAAAUUGCGCAUGCGUACAAUGCGAAGAACAUCAUGGGUCACGUCUGACGUUGGAUCAACUAGAUACGUUGCUAAAUUUAUAAACUAGCUAUAUAUUUUUUUAUCACAGACAUGACACGUUAACUCUGCACUUUUCAUAUUUUGUACUGUUAGCAAGACAUACUUGACUACCAUUGUUUAGCCUCACCUGAAAGAAAGAAAUCAUGACUGCCAACGAGGAUCAAGAGAUGGAGUUAGAAGCACUUCGUUCUAUAUACGAGGGGGAUGAGUGCUUCAAGGAAGUCAGCCCGGUUUCAUUUCAGUUUAGGAUAGGAGAACAUGAUGACUCCAAAGCGUUCAUUCUGGAUAUUUCAUGGCCUGAGAUGUAUCCUGAAACGGCACCUGAAAUUUCUCUAGAUGGCUUUUUCAACAAAAAAAUAUCUUCAGAGACCAAGCAGCUGAUCAUCUCUGGGUUGGAGGAGCAGGUGGAAGCCAACCUGGGCACUGCCAUGAUGUACACCCUGUUCGAGUGGGCCAAAGACAACCAGGAAGCUCUGAUGGAGAACCACCAAGCCGUGGUCACUGCCGUGACGUUGACAUCCAACAGUGAUCUCAACGCCCCAGCCAAGAAGAAAGAGAAGAAGGAACAGCUGACCAAAUCACAGAAGAGGAAGAUAACAUGUAGAACUGAUAACAAGGGGGAGCUCCCUAGAGGCUGGGACUGGGUCGACGUCAUCAAGGUAUAUUCCUUCAGUCAGUUCACAGCAGUUGAUUUUGUGCCGACUAUUUUUGUUGUCCUGUCUGCUGUUUUUAUUUUAUUUCAGAAGACACCCUUGCUAUUGAUAGCACCCUUGCUAUUGAUAGCACCCUUGCUAUUGAUAGCACCCUUGCUGCCGAUAGCACCCUUGCUGCCGAUAGCACCCUUGCUGCCGAUAGCACCCUUGCUGCCGAUAGCACCCUUGCUGCCAAUAGCACCAUUGCUGCCAAUAGCACCAUUGUUCAUCAUUUUAAUUUCUCUCCUUUCUUGCAUCUUCAACUUGUUGAACAUGACACUCCAGCAUUUGAGCAGAACAGGCGGUAAAGAGGAAGACUAGAAUGAAGUGGAGAGGUCUCUGGUACUGCUUUUACCAGGAAGUGAAGUCUCCCAACCUCACUCAGACCACCUGACCGCUGCUCUGUAGACUCCUUCCAGUCUGCCCCAAGACACCACACUCAAGACGGACGGGUUUUUUUUCGCUCCAAGGGAAGACGGGGGGUCCUCUACACCUGAACACAAUCAAUAGUUGUCAAAGCUGUCAAUUUGAGAGGGUGUCACACAUGCAGGUGGUUUUCGUGUCAUAUCGGAAGGAGUUUAAAAUGUGGCUGUUUUUAUUUUUAUUUUUUUAUGAACUGUGUUUUCAUUUGCUUGGAAGAGACCCCAAAUGUGUGUGACUAAUUUUGGUUUUAACGGUGGUGAUGACAGUGAGCUGCAUUGAAACAACGAAGGCUUGUUGGGGCGUGUGCUAGUAUUUGUGCCGUGGAAGUGAGUGAAGGGGUGGCAGUGUCAUCUGUUUUCACUAGUGCUGUAUGCUUGUUAAAGUGGAAUGCUCUGGACCUCUUGUUACCAUGAGCCAGACUUACAUGUACUGUCAUCACUGCCAGGGAAUUGAAAAUAUGUCCGCUUUGAGACCGGUUCAGUGUCUAGGCAUCAGAGCUGUAAAACAUGCUUUACCAGGGGUGUUAAAGUAUGGCUGUAUGACUUUAGGAUCCUCAGUGUAUCAUGAUGUACAGUGGUGUGGAACAUAACAUGUUGAGUUUAUGAAGAACACACCAACUGAAUGUGAUAUCGUGCCCCUUUAAUUUAGAGAAGUGCUGGAGAGACAUACGUUUUUUUUGUUUUUUUUUAAAUAAAAAAUGAUUACGA